CAGUGGAAGAGCGCGGUGGAGGUGAGACGCGCCAGCCGAGCUCCCGAGCCGAUCAGCUGAUUGAGCGGCGCCGCGGCGACCGUGUGAGAUCUAGUCAGUGCUGAGCGGGAUGUGCGCACAGCCGCGACACUCGUGUGGCACACUCUGAAUGCACACAGCAGUGAUGGUGCCGGACGCACUUCACCUAUCGGCGGCGAUGCCUCUGGGACCGCCGGCCGACCACGCCAAGACCCUGGAGGCAGUGUGGCGACCCGGACCGGGUGUCGGUCUCUGGGACGCGCCGGCCGGUCAGACCAGCCUGUGUGGCACGGGACGAACGGAGGUACCGAGCUGCGCGGCGGCCUGCCGACCUGACCUGGCGGCCUGCCGACCUGACCUGUCGGCCUGCCGACCUGACCCGGCCUCCGCCUGGAGUCGGAGAUGCGCCGAACCGCGCAGGCCCUCCGAUGGCGCUGGGUACCCGGCUCGCGCUGCCCUGUACCCCGUCUCUGGCUGUACCGAGCUGGCCGGCGGGUGUCCGUACCCCGGCCGGCCGGUGGCUGCGCCAGCUCAGGUCCAGGCGCCGCUCCGCUCGAGUCGAGUCAGCUCAUCAUCAGACGUGGCCAAGGACUUCAGCCAGCCGCUGUUCGUGGACACGACUGUCGAGUACGACCUGCCCAAGGCGGCCUACCCGCCGGAGAACAGUGAGCCGCUGCUGAUGGUGCACCCGCAGUACUUCGAGCACCUGCGGCAUCGGCGCACCCUCGGCGCCGGCUGCGCGUGCCAGCUGUGCAACUUCUACGGCAGGAAGCUGACGGCGGUCAGCAGCGCAGCGCCGGCUGCGGUCACACAAACGUUCCAGAGGCCCGGAGCGCAGCGCGACUGGUCCGCCUUCCAGCUGCCCCAGCAGCUCCAACAACAGCAGCAGCAGCGGCAACAACAGCAGCAGCGGCAGCAGCAGCAGCAACUCCAGCUGCCGCAGCUGCAACUUCAGCAGCAGCAGCAGCAGCAGCAGUAUCAGAGGCAGCAGCAAAUGCUGGUUCAGCCUCAGCAGACGCAGCAGCUGCUCCACCAACAGCAGCAGCAGCAACAACAGCAGCAGCAGCAGCAGCAGCAGCAGCAGCAGCAGCAGCAGCAGCGGUACAACUGUAUGUUCGGCGGCGGCUGCGAGCCUCGCCUCUCCCUGGUGCCGCCGAGUGCCAGCCGCGACUCCGACAGCGGCUACUCGAGCGUCGAGCUGGAGCCGGCUUCCGAAUGGUGUCGCCGGCCAGGCGACCAGGCCAGAGACGUGAUCGCCAAGCGGAAGCGCCGGUACGAGCCGGUGCAGGUGCCGGCCCACCCGGCGCUACCGGAGGUGGUCGGCAAAAGGCCUCGUCUGGCUGUGGCCAGUCAGUGGCCGAGCGGUUACUGAGGUGGCUGGACAGUCACCGAAUCAGUCAGUGAAAGAGCACUCUGUCGGCAGGAAGAGGCUGUGUGUUACUCGGAAGUGUUACUGUGUUACUCGGCAGUGUUAUCGUGUUACUCGGCAGUGUUACCGUGUUCUGUGCUCUCAGAGUGUGUUAUCUAUAUCUCAGCGCGGACCGAACAGUCGAUCUGUGUGUUCCUGUUUGGUCAUCGGCAGCCGGCACCGUGGCAGUUUGUCGGUCCUUCGGUCCACCGGGCCAGGUCCAACGAUCAGUUGGUCCGACGGUCCGCUGGUUCGUCGGUCCGUUGGUCCACCUUGGCUGGAGGCCUUCAGUCCGCUGGUCCCUCGGUCCUUUGGUCUGACGGUCCGCCAUGGCAGACGCAUCCGGUCUGUCGGUCCAUCAUGGCAGCCGGAUCUGUGGUCCGCCGUGGCGUGGUCCUCAGUCCGUCGGUUCGUCGGGCUAUCGGUUCGGUGGUCCGCCAUGACCCUACAGUCCGCAGGUCAGGCCGGUGCAGUGCUGUUCAUCAGUCAGUCAGUCAGUCAAGUCAGUGAGUCAGUCAUUCAGUCAGUGUGCGAGCGGGUCGGGCCUGUUUUUACCUGGCGAUGGUAUCGACAGGGACCGGCCUCGUUAGUCUCCAAUGGUCCACGGGAAAGGCGGCUCGGUCCGAUCGACGCCCGCGAUAUCGGCUGUUGUGAGAAUGUCGAUGGCGACGAUAGGGAGCAAUCGUCGACCGGCAUCGGUGUCCCGAGCUGAUUAAUAUGUAUCGAUAGGUCGUUGCUGCUCAAUUAUUUAUGACGCCAUCAUUUGUCUUUCAUUCCCGAUCGGCUAACUGUGUGAUGGGAAUUGCUUACGUUGCUGGCAUAGCAGCCCUGCUGAGCUAAUAAAACGCCAGCUGGAUACAGUGA